GUACUAUUUGCAGAUAAUGCCUCGAACAGCAAGGAGACGUAGAAUUGGCUACAGGGAUAAGAGAAGGAGGGUUGUGAAAACCAAAGAUUUGGAUGCCCAUACCAUUGAAGAGCAACAUAUACUUAUUGAUUCAGAUGCCCAUACCAUUGAAGAGCAGCAUAUACUUAUUGAUGAUACGUAUACAGAUACAAGGUUUUGGCCCAUCACUGAAUUGACAGAAAUAGGUGAUAUAAGCAGUGUUCAGUCACCAGCUUUCCUAAUUGAGCAAGAUGAGACCAAUGAAAAUAUCGAACAUUAUGUUGUGUUAGAUAAAGUCUACCAAUAUGACCCAAAUAACAGCCUCGAAGAAUUUGUAACAACCAAGAGGGAAGAGCAAUAUUCCGCACUGAAAAGAAGUUGUCAGAAGCUUGUUGAGGACACUCUAUAUGCACAGGUUGAAUUUAUGCGCUCUUCUGAAAUUAUAAGAUAUGUAUCUGUUUAUGAUAGUGACAAUCCAGGAGUAAAGUUCAUUUGUACAAUAAAGAAGAAUUACUCAGCAGAAGUAUUUGUUCAUGGCAAGAGAUUGAGUGAUCAACACAACCUUUGGCACACAUUACCAGGAAAAUUUGUUACAAUUCAGCAGGUUGAAAGUCUCUUGAAUGUUCUGCUUAAUUAUGAUGUAUGCAUUGGUAAUCCAGAUGAAGAGCUACAGAUUUUAUGUUCCGGAAAAUUGGCCUAUGUUGAAACUGGUUAUGGGGCUUACCGUGGCGACUGUGCCUACCAAAGUACAAUCCGAACCAUAUCAUGCAUGUUAUUGACUGACAGGUGGAAACCAAGAUGUAAGAAUUGCAUUACCUAUCGUAAAACUGUAAAAAAGCAAGCAGCUAGAAGAAAACUUAAAACACCUACACCAAGUAAAAACUGGUUAACAUCCAAAAAAGGAAACAGUCGAUUAACUGAUUCAGAGAAAGUGGAAAAAAUUAAACAGUUAAAGAACUACAAUAGUAACUUAGAAAGUCAGGUUGCAGCACUGAAGAAGAAGGUUGAAAAGUCCAUUAGAUCUGAAGGUGUAUCGCUUAGUGAAAUGUAUAUAUUGAGGAACUAA